ACUCAUCUCUAAACAAUUCAUACUUUUCACUAUCUAAAAGAAUGGCUUCCAUCGUUUUCUUGAUUCUAGCCAUUAUGUUGAGUUCCAGAACUUCAGGUGCCACAUCUCGCGGCGGACUCUUUGAAGCUUCUGCCACAGACAAACAUGAGCAAUGGAUGUCUCGAUUCAAUCGUGUUUAUUACGACAGUUCUGAAAAAACGAGUAGAUUCAAAAUCUUUAAGAAGAACUUGGAGUUCGUCGAGAGUUUCAACAUGAAUGCCAACAUAACAUACAAGUUGGAUAUCAACCAAUUUUCUGACCUCACUGACGAGGAAUUUCGUGCGAGGUAUAUGGGGCUAGUAGUUCCAGAAGGUAUGAACGAAACUUCAACAUCGGGUUCCGACAAGUCGUUUAGACAUGAAAAUGUCAGUGAAACUGGUGAGGAUUUGGAUUGGAGACGAGAGGGUGCCGUUACAUCCGUUAAGGACCAAGGCCAAUGUGGGUGUUGCUGGGCUUUCUCGGCGGUGGCGGCAGUGGAAGGCAUUACGAAGAUUGCAAAAGGUGAGCUACUAUCCCUAUCGGAGCAGCAGCUGUUGGAUUGCAGCAGAGACUUUAACAAUGGAUGUGCAGGAGGGAUAAUGUCGAAGGCUUUCGAGUACAUAAUCGUCAACCAAGGAAUCACAACCGAGGACAACUAUCCUUACCAAGAAACACAACAAACAUGUUCUUCAACCACCCAAACAUCCGAUUCUGCUGCUGCCACCAUCAGCGGAUACGAGACGGUUCCAAACGAUGAUGAGGAAGCAUUGCUAAAAGCAGUGUCUCAACAACCCGUUUCCGUGGCUAUAGAUGCCUCAGGGCUUGCGUUUAAGCAAUACUCGGGCGGCAUUUAUAAUGGAGACUGUGGGACGCAUCUGAACCAUGCGGUAACAAUUGUUGGUUACGGGAUGAGUGAAAAAGGGACCAAGUAUUGGUUGUUGAAGAACUCAUGGGGACAAACUUGGGGAGAAAAUGGUUACAUGAGAAUCAAGAGAGACGUGGAUACACCCCAAGGAAUGUGUGGCUUGGCCCGUCUUGCUUUCUAUCCACUUGCAUGAAUGCUGUAAUGUUGUUCAAGAUCUUUAAAUGGGUUUGUUCAGAGUAAUUGACAAUACUCGUACUAGAUAUCUUAUGGAAAUAUGGUCCGACAUUUUCGUUGGAGUCAUAUCUAUUGAUGGAAGCAUUUUCUUACGUUGGUGUGAUAAUAUAAAAGUUCUUGUGGUGAUUUACAUCUUAUAGCCAAACAUAUGGAGACGUGAUAAUAGAGAUACAACUAUAUUAACAACAGUAUAUAUAUAUGCAAGCAUGCCUACACGUGAAUAGUAAGUUAAUAACGCUUAACCACUUCAAAAAUGUCAUAAAUAAAAAACGUGUCUGAGUUCAUUUAAAAAUUAUGUAGACACAUAAGAAUACAUCGAAGUUAAGGUUGAGGUUCUGACUCCUAUUACGAUCCAAGAUUUACGUCCCAAUAUUUAAGAAUGUUUUCUUUUGUUGCUAAAUUUUAAAUGUCAUCACUUUACUGAAAGUUUGGUUACAUUGUUAAUUGAAAAUCACAAUCUGUUUAAUAGCUAAUCCGUUCUCAGAGCCCGAAAAAAAAAAAAAUUUAAAAACCACUAAGAAA